UUUCUCAACUUCUGCUUUGCUGAUCUGCAAGUUUUGAACGGCCUUCACUUUGACCAGCUUGAUUCAGCGACACACUUGACUGCUCAUGGAUAACAUGUACUCCUUCACACUCCAAACUGGUUCUUAUCUAUGUUACAGAGCAGCACAUUAAGAUAAGAUUGUUGUUUCAAAAUGAAGUGGAACAGAUGCAGCGGUGCCACCGCGUGGGAAUCUCCCCGCAGGGAGCUCUGUCUGCUCCCCACACGCAGGCAUUUGAGUUAGCCGACGGGUGUGAGUCUAAAGAUAGAGACGUCUCCCCUGUCUCACGUUACUCCGCUAACUUUUAAAGAGCGUAAUCCAAAAUUGACAUCCUCCGAUUGUACUUGGACUCAAACCAGCCUGCUGACGUCCAACGCAGCCAGACGCGGCACAUGGUUCCUAUUAGGUCUGAGCGUUAUUGUCACGGACCAUCAAGUGUCACAGUUGUUUUGCUGCGGGUUCAGACAGUGUGGAGGCACUUUCAGAGUGAGCUCUUUUUUUUGGGGGAGAUCAGAGAGCAAGCAGAUUUACUGUAUAAUUGAUAUCUCAUGCUCUCACUUGUGGGUGUGUGUGACAGAGACACAGCAAAGCAGUGAACUGAAAACUCCCAACUCUUAAAAAAAGACUGAAAAAAGUGGCACAGUGAAAAAUAUAGUGACAUCUGCUGGUGUGGUGGCACAUUGCUGUUAACUAAUUGGCCAUAAAAAUGCUAAUAUCUCAUCUGAGCAGAUUGAAUUUUGUUUAAGGUUGAGCAAAAGUCAUCUCCAGGUCUUGACAAAUUUCUUUCAUCAUUGUGAAGGCAGGGCAUUUUUACCUGGGCUGCAAGGUUCAGGACUCUUUAAACCAUUGUGCCAACACUCCAGGGGCCCAUCCCUGCCACGCUCUGAACUCAAGAGCUCGCCAAAGACUUCAUUAUUCAUGUUGGGCACUCAUGCUAGAGACAUUUCAUUCUUGCGUUUUGAUGUUUUAACCUGUUUUAACAAAAUAAAUCACCAUCUUUAGAGUGGCUACCUCUCUUUAUGGAGCUGCUAGCAUCAUGCCUACUCAAAGGAUAAAACUGAGGCUACCGAAACAAUCACUAUCAUAGUUUCAACCAGCUGUUUCGUCCAAAAGAUACAUUCACAGAAAUCUUUGUAUUAUUUUCAAACUGUAUGAAAACAGAUAUAAAUAAUUACAAACUUAUAUUCUUUUAAAACUGUGGCCAUCGAAUUGUAGAAAUCCUUAACCAAACUAAUCACUUUUAACUGGGGGCUCCAACUUUCAUGUUUCAGCGAGAGUUUAGCAAUAGCUCGGCUUUUAUUGCGAGCAGUUGAUGGCGCAUUUGAUCUUUGACAGUAUCAUCUGUGAGAUUAGAGACUAUAGCCACGUAAAAAGCUGUCUGAAGUCUAUAUACUGUGACUGUCUCACAAGACACGUACGUGGCAUGCGCUCUCUCGCACACACACAGAUUCACACAGACCCUCAUAAACAAGAUUAAAAAAAAAUCAUCUGGAACAAAUAAAAGCCACUUUAGACAGCAGGAUUGCCAUUGCAUGCAAAUGGAAGGGCAUGUCUUUGCUUUUCUCUUUUAUCUGGUACAUAAAGGACAAAUAUUGUCUAAUAAUAACCAUGAAGUCAUACGUUGUGAGUUCAGAAGACUUUUCUAAAUCCUUCUAAUGCACUUUGAUGUGAUGUUGUGACGUGUCUUGCUGCAACAGUUCAGAUGGAAUUGACUGAAUGAUUCAGAGACUGCAGGGUCUGCUCUAUGGUACCAGCACUCCAGGGUCUCAUGUAGUUGGAUCCAACAUCAGUUUUGCUGGGUUAGAGGCGGCUACUCCAAAAACAGUGACCAAGAACCACCACAGUUUUAAUGUGAGCCACCCCAGUGAUCCGCAUCACACUGGCGUCAGGCCUGGUGACAAUUUUUCUGCUUUUAUUUUCUGCUGCGUGUCAUUAGUCAGCCACAGUUGUGUUUUGGCUUGGGUUCCACUGGUGGUGUGACUCGACACUUGUUCUAGUAGACGUAUAAGUGUGCCGUCCCUUGGAAAACACUGCUGUAGAAAGACCUCAUUUUGCAAGCUUGACCUGGUUUAUCAAGUCAUCCCCGAGUGAUGUUCAUGUAAUUUGCAUGAGUGGUUUUCAUUGUUGCCUUUGAGGAAGUUAAACAAGAACACUAAAGGAAGUUGUUACACGGGAUUUAUUUCAUUACGACUGAUAGGUCACAGUGCUUCCUUUGAGUUGUUCAUGCUUUUAUUCUUAACAUUUGGCAAGAAUUGAUUUAUACAUAAAGGCUUGAUUUUGAUUGGACGUCUUUGAUGUUUUCAUCAUCCCUGACCGCUGACCUUAAAAUGAGUGGACCGACUGCAUCUCCCUAUUGCAUCACUCAACACUCAAGGGUGCUUGACUCUUGGGUUGACUGUUUGAGAGUGGACAUGUUGGAUGGACGGACAAGAGGAAGUGAGAGCCAGUGAGGUCCAUGGAGGUGGGCAGUGAGGACAGGAAGGUGGAGGAGGCAGACCUGCAGCGCCAACCUGCGAUGGGGAAUUCCAUAAGAAGAAGCAGAAGAGAAGCAGUAACAGAACAGACACAUUUUACGUCUGAACUUCUCCUUUUCAGUUCCGACUUGCUUGUGUGUUGAGGUUGGCUUGCUCCCGCUCCUCCCACUCCCUCACAUCACUGAUGUGAUUAACCUUUGAAGGUCGUAGGAGGAGUCACUUGUAGCCAGUCCACUGUUUUUACGUCAUCAGACCACAGAUUGAACACGAAACGCUUGAGAAGAUACUUAGCUUUGGGACCAGUGGGCCAUCUGUGUGGCCAGUACCAGGCAGAAGAAGAAGAUGAAGGCUGCCAUUGAGGCUCAUGCAUGUGAUACAGAUAUCUCCCCUGCUGAGCUUGACGCUCUAUGGAGGGAACCCUCUUACACUUUUGGGGGAACCAAUGACCACUUUUCAGCCAAUGACGUCAUGACCGAAGGUGCUGGUGAGGAGGAUGGCGGCCCAUUGGUGGAGUCAGGUGAGGGUGAGGUGGUGCAGGAUAGCUACUGGAAGAGGAAGGAAGCGUUCUUCAGAGGAAGUACUGUGUCACUGGGCGAGAAGUUCUCCUCAGAGAUCGUGCUGUUGUUCACUGGGAAGCGGCGCUGCGGCGUGGGUCAUGACGUGGCCCUGCAGGAGGCUCUGCGCACCCGACUCAGGGUGGUGGAGAGCAACAGCCAGGAUGUCAUCCAGCUCUUUAAAGACCUAUCUGCACGUCUGGUGUCGGUCCACGCAGAGAAGGACAGCUUUGUGCUCACUUUCAAGACCGUCGAGGAAAUCUGUCGGUUCUCAACCUACCUGGCUCUCGGUUUCGUGGCUCGUUGUUUGGAGAAUUUCCUGUGUGAUCCGUCCAUCUGGCUGGACCCUGAACUGCUCCGGGACCUGCAGAUCAGUGUGACGGUGGAUGAGGAGCACCUGGCCACCAUGUACCUUGGACUGUUACUGCAGGAAGGAUCCUUUUUUGCCAAGUCUUUAAUGAGGAGAGAUCGGGAUGAGGACGACGAAGACCAGCUCCCGUUUAAAAAGAACGACCUGCUGACAGUGAGGGACACAGGGCAGGACGACACGUGGGAGGGGACGUUGCUGUCCACUGGGCAGCAAGGCCGCGUGCCUGUCAACGCCAUGCAGCCGCUGCCGUACCCUUUUUACCAGUGGUUCUUGAGGAAGUACCCGGGCCACGCAGGGUGCUCAGACACCGAGAAGGUGGAAGCGUUUGAACAUCAUAUUGUCACAGGCUCGUGUAUGUCGUUGGUGGACUACAGCCCACUGGGGCAAGACGAGCUCCAGCUGAGUCAGGGUGACGUGGUGGAGAUCCAGGGUCUGCUGGUGCGAGGUCUGGCGGUGUUCAUCGGGAAACACACCUCCACAGGACACGCAGGGUUUGUGCACAAGAAGCAUGUCAAGCCACUGGACACUUCAAUGCUAGACAGGCAGUUGGUCUUUGUCACUGAGGAGGAGAAGGCGUCCGUGGCUCGCAUGAACCCCUGCAGCUCUGAGCCGAGUGACAGCAGUCUGCUGGAGCGACUCUUUGCCUCAGACAUCAGCUCUGUCUACAGAAUAGAUAGACUGGAUGAGUCGGACUUCAUGUACAUCAGGAAUCGGCCCAAACACGAUCACAAGGUCCUGGCAAGUGCUCGCCAAAGCCUGAUAUCCGAGAGGAGUGGAGGAACGCCGCCUCUUCAGUCCUCUCCUCGCCACUCGCUCUCACAGUCCUCCCCGCGACUCUCCAUCUACCAUUCCCAGAAUCCUUUGCCACAAGACGGUCAACGUUUGUCUUUCACUGUGGACGACACUUUCAGAGAACUGGACGAGUUCCAGGAAGACCCGCCUCUCUUUUUGGAGGACAACAGCUGGGAGGGAGACGAGUCGGAGCUCAGUGACCCCACGCUGAGUUUUCUGAACCAUGACCACUUCCAGGAGGACUUCCUGCCCCUCUAUGACCUCCAGUGCUCCUUCCUGUGGGCGACCUUCAGCGGGCAGAGUGAGACUGAGCUGUCGGGUCACCUGGAAAGUGUCAGGGAGUGUGCCAAGCGUCUGGGCAUGAAGUGGGCUCAUCGACGGGCCUGCUUCCUCCUGGGACGCCUCUGUGCCAGGAAGCUCAAACUCUCCCAGGCCCGGGUUUACUACGAGGAGGCUCUGAGUGUGCGGGUGGACGGUUUCUCAGACACGCCGCUCCUCACCGCACUGCUCACCAACCUCACCUCCGUGUACCUGAAGCAGCGGAUGAGCGAGAAGCUUCCUCAGACGGUGGAGAAGGCCUCUGCUCUGCUCCUCUGCCUCCCGUCUCACAGCUUCACUUCCUCAGACGAGGGGGAGCUCCUCAAGCUUCUCCUGAGACGAUCCGUGGUCCUAGGGGAUAAACACCUGGAGGCUCGUGUCUGCUUCCUCCUCUCCAGCCUCUAUCUGCUCCUCAAGAAAACAGACGAUGCUCUCCCUUUCGUUGAGCGGCUCCAGUUCCUGUCGGUGUCCUUUUCUGCCACUGAGGGCCUUCCAAUAGCUCCGGUGGACCUCAACUGGCUCUUGACUUUGCUCUAUCAUCGGAAGUACAUGCCUUACUUGGCUUUGGCCUCCCUGAGUCUGGACUCCAGGCGAGAUCACUCCAUCCAAGACGCCUUCCUGAAGAUUGAGUUGUUCCUCAGGAACUCUGUCCGUCUGAACCCGCGGUGGAAAGAAGGAACCUCGCUGCUGCCGGCCCAGAUUGUGGUUUACCUUCAGCAGGCGUUGGCCAUCGCUGAACAGGGUCAGGACCUGAAGACCCAGCGGGACUUGUGUCUGGGUCUUGCGUCAGUCUACCAGCAAUAUGAUGCACUGGACAAGGCGGUGCGCUGCGCUCAACAGGCAGUGGAGACUGGAGGACACAUCAAUGAGGAGGAGGCCUUCGAGGCUGCGGUUCUGCUGGGAUGGCUGCUAGUUCUGUCGGACCAGGCGGAGAAAGCUCAAAACAUUCUGGAGCCUCUGCUUAUCUCACUGCAGGCCACAGACAGCUCCACUCAGCGCGGCGUCAUCCACAACCUGCUAGCUCUGUGUCUGAGGCGACAAGGUGCAAUCCCGCAGGCCGGCAGUCACCUGCACUCUGCACUGGUCAUAUCCCGGGAGAGCGGGAACCAGAGGAACCAGGCGCUCGCUCUGGCCAACCUGGGCUGCCUGGCGCUGGAUGUGGGGGCGCCUCUGCUGGCCGAGCAUUUCUUAGUCAGGUCGUUGUGCCUUUUUGUUGGGCUCCUGGAGAGCCCCACCGACGAGGAGCACGUCCAGACGUACCUCUGGCUCGGCCGCUGCUACAAGAACAGCAGGAGGAGUCAGAGUGUCCGAGAGUGUUACGAGAUGGGGCUGCUCAUCGCACUGCACGCCAGAAACCUGCACAGUCAGAUGUUGGUGGCGAAGGUCCUGAGUCGCCUCUACAGCGACAUGCUGCUCUACGGCCAGAGCAUCGUCUACUACGAACACUGUGUGUCGGUGUCCCGGGAGCUGAAGGACAAGAGGCUGGAGGGCGAGUAUUUGGAGAUCCUCAGCAGCCUCUACCUCUCGCUCAACACUGAGCGAUCUUCUCGGAAAUCUCUGGACUACACCAAGCAAAGUCUGCGGAUCUCCAUCGACCUGGGGAAGAGGGAGGAGGAGUCAGAGACUUGGCUGCAGGUGGGGCGGAUUUAUUACCUCAUACACGAAGACGAGCUUGCCGACAUGUACCUGCAGGCGGCAGUGAAGACGGCCUUGAGGAUGAACGACUCGCACUUUGCCAUGAGAAUCUAUGAAGAAGCUGGAGAUGUUUAUUUUAAAGGCCAGAGGAUCCGGAUGUCCUCGCUGCCUUUCUUUCGGGAUGGCAGCCUCCCAUUCGCCCGCAGCAUCAGGGACAUCCACUCGGAGUUCCGCCUGCUGAGCAAGAUCUCCGAGCUGCUGAUGAACCACACGGAGCUGGAGGAGGCACUGCAGUAUGCCUCUCUGGCUGUAGAGGUCGCCAGUCAGACAGGCGUGCAGAUCAACGAGAGGACGGCGUAUCACCGCCUGGCUACCAUCUACCACGGCCUGCAGCGCUACGAGCUGGCGGAGAACUACUACCUCAAGUCUCUGUCUCUGUGCCCGGCGCUGAUGCAGAGCCCCAAGGAGGCGCGCUACUACACCCGGCUCUACUCCCGGCUCGGCAGCAUCACGCUGCACAAGCUCAAGGAUGCAGUGGAUGCACUGGGCUACUUCCACUUGGCUCUGGCGGCGGCGGUGCAGGACGGCUCUGAACCGGAGGCCCUGUACGUGAUCUACAUGAAGCUGGUGGAGAUCCACAGCAACCACAUCCCUGAUGCGGAGCUGUGCCAGCUCUACAGGGACCGAGCCCAGGGUCUGAUGAGAGUCCUGGGGGGAGCGGGACACCCUGCUGCUCUGGACCAGGCCGAGGGUAACGGUCAUGAAGCGGAGGGCGACAGCAGGAGUGGCCGGAACCUCGAUGGCGCCGUGGACGGAGGCAGUGGUCAGAGCAGAAGAGCCGAGCCCUUCCUGGACGCUAGCGGGUCGGAGCCGCCCCUUGACAGCCAGGAGCAGAUCUCCGAGUCCAGCACGGACGCAUUACACACCGGCCCCCAGGGGGAGCCAAGCGGCAGCAGCUCUGUCAAGGAUCCAGUGCUCAAGCGAACACUACUGUAGCACAACACACACGUGAUGUUUACAUGUCUUUGCACAACACUCGCUCAUUAUUCUACAUUCCAGCCAAAGGUCUGAGUGAAACGAGAGAUGAUGUCAAUAGUGUACAUUUAUACAGAUUUGUUUUGUACAGUAACGUGCAGAGAAUCAACCUGUAAUUUAUUCUGUUUUUAACAUAUAACGUAUGGGUUCCAACGAAAAUAUUCUAUUCAAAUGUUUAUUAAAAGGUAAUUUAACAGUUGCUCCUUGAGGCUGCGAUGUCUCCAAACCACCGCAAGAGGGCGCCACUGUGUUGAAAACGAGACGUUGGCCUUGGUUUAAAUGAUGUGUUGUACGGGUCAAUACGUUUGAAGUUGUCAAACUGGGGUUGAUCCAGUUGUGUCCCUGACUCAACUCCAUGCUCGUGAAGCAUGAAAAGAUCGCGUCGACGGACGUCAUCAUCAUCAUCAUCAUCAGUGCUUUAACAAAUGCAAAAAGAAGUGUUGUUUUUUUUCUUUUCAUGAGACAAACAUGACUCAUCCAAACAGGCUUUCAUCAACACAAAGUCCUCGGUGGAUUCUGUGGCGAACCAAGGCUGAAUAACCGUCCGGUUUUUGAUGAUAAAACAGCCAGUCAGGCCUCAGCAAGGCCGGUAAGGGUUUAUUAAUAUUCCGCCUUCUGGCUCAUAACUGUGCUGGAGAAUGAGUCCAAUAUUAUAACUCAAUUUAAGCCUGAAAAAUGACAGUGUUUACAAUUGACACAAAGACGUAUAGAUCCGCAUAAGAUUCUGAUGGUGGAAGUCUUGUGUUAAAAAAACAUCUUAACAUUAAAAUGAAGUAAAAAUCAGCAUCUAUUGCAUGAAAGUUAGAAAAAUAGCAAUAUAAUAAUCUCAAUUUUAUAAAGCAUGUGAUGCAAUGUUCUCUAUCUAUAGUGACCAUGUUUUACAUUGAAAUUGAACUUGCAUUUUGUUGAUUAACUAUUAUAAAAAGGAAGAGAAAGCAGUCCGGGGAAAUGUUGU